AUGCAUCUAGUAUUUGCUUUGGCGUGUCUAUUUCAAAUACAUACUCAGAGUUUAUGUCAAAAGUUUGGAACUAGACCUAACAUCGUGAUGGUGAUGACAGAUGCGUUUGAUGGGCGUUUGACAUUUGAUCCUGGGAGAAAAGUUGUGCAGCUGCCCUACAUAAACUACCUGAGAGAGCUGGGGAGUACUUUCAGCAAUGCGUACACCAACUCUCCUAUAUGCUGCCCUUCCCGUGCAGCCAUGUGGAGUGGGCAGUUUGUCCACCUCACCCAUUCAUGGAACAACUUCAAGUGCCUUGAUAAAAUUACGACCACGUGGAUGGAUCUGCUGGAGAAGAAUGGCUACCUUACAAAAAUGCUCGGCAAACUGGAUUACACAUCAGGGGGACACUCUCUCAGUAAUCGCGUUGAGGCCUGGACACGGGACGUUCACUUCCUGUUGCGCCAAGAAGGUCGGCCUGUCACUCAACUGGUUGGGAACGAGUCAACAGUCAGAGUCAAUACUGUGGACUGGAAAAACACAGAUUUCGCCACUGAAUGGAUCCAUCAGAAGGCUGCGUCCUCUCACCGGCCUUUCGCGCUUUAUCUCGGCCUCAAUCUACCUCACACUUACAAGACUGAUUCUUUGGGGCCCACUGCUGGAGGAUCCACUUUCCGCUCGUCUCUUUACUGGCUGAAAAAGGUUCAUUCUGAACUCGUUUCUGUUCCCACAUGGCUCCCCUUGGCUGCUAUGCACCCUGUGGACUACUACUCCACCGUCACGAAGAAUUGCAGCGGGGAUUUCACAAAAGAAGAAGUGAAACGUAUCAGGACCUUCUACUAUGCCAUGUGUGCGGAAGCAGAUGCCAUGCUGGGAAUGGUUAUUUCGGCGUUGAGAGACACAGGGGUGCUCAACAACACAGUAGUGAUCUUUACGGCCGACCAUGGAGAGCUGGCUAUGGAGCACCGGCAGUUCUAUAAGAUGUCCAUGUUUGAAGGAAGCUCCCAUGUUCCCUUGCUAAUUAUGGGGCCCGGGCUUGUGGCGGGUUUGCAGGUUAACCAGCUUGUGUCAUUAGUUGAUCUCUACCCAACUGUGCUAGAUAUUGCUGAAAUAUCAACAACUGGGAAUGUUAGUGGCUACUCAUUGCUGCCUCUUCUUUCCAAAUACAAGACAUUUCCCCAAAAGCAACAUCCAGACUGGGUUUUGAGUGAGUAUCAUGGCUGCAAUGUUAAUGCAUCAACCUACAUGCUAAGAAAUGGCAAGUGGAAAUACAUUGCUUAUGCUGAUGGAAUGAGUGUGCCUUCUCAGCUUUUUGACCUAGUGCUGGACAAGGAAGAACUUCACAACGUGGCUCUCAAAUUCCCAGAUGUGCAGGCACAUCUAGACAAGCAGUUACGUCGCAUUAUAGACUAUCCCAGAAUUUCUGCAAUCGUCCAUGGCUACAACAAGAAUGAAUUUGGUGCAUGGCGCCAAAGUGUAGGUAGCAAUUACAGUCGAGAGAUUGCUAAUCUCAGGUGGCAUGUUGACUGGCAAAAAGAUGCUGCAACCAAUGAAAGACUAAUUGACAAGUGGCUGGACGAAUCCACUUGA